AUGGCUAGAUUCAAGCGCCCCCAGCAUAAUACGACAUCCCUCCCCCGGAAUUUGCGAUCUGAGCUCGGGAUUCGCGAUACCUACGGCGAAAAAAAGCGCAAACGAACCGGACCUGCUGCCCGCAAGGACCGCCGGCGCGACGAGCGAGCGGAGAAAAAAAUCACGGAAAUCUUCACAGCCCUCAGGAAGACCUUCUCGGCGGAUGAAGAGGACGAAGAUGAUUUAGAUCUAGACGAAGACGAGGAGGAAACGUCCAAAGCUGCUCGAAAUGCAUCGAAAAAGAAGCCACAUUCGCAAGAGCCAGUCUCGACGCUGAAAUCCGCCCUGAAAAAGCCUCCGCCAAAGGAUUCCGAAUCCGAGGAAAGCGAAAAUUUUGACGAAGAUAUUGAUCUCAAUGAGUCUGAGGACGAGUUCGGAGAGACCCCGCAUAUACCGUCAAAUGUCAAGUCUAAAUUAGACCAGGAUGAUGCAGAGAUUGCAGCGCUUGAGAAGAAGCUGGGCCUUAAAAAAGGCGGCAAGCUUCCCAAGGCUUUUGCAGAGGAUGGUUUGGAUGAGUUACUGGGCGAUCUUGGCGACCAAUCCGAAGACGAGGACCGGAAACGCAAAAGGGAAGCUGAUGAGUGGCUUUUGAAUAAACGGCGCAAGGCUCAAAAGCUCCACGCCCAAACGGAGCAAGCUAGCGAUAUGGACAGCGACGAAGAUGAAGAUGACCUUGAUGAACAAAUAUUUGGAGACAGUGAUGAAGAAGAUGAAGAUCAAGACGAGGAGAUGGGGGAGGGCAGCGACUUUGAGGGCUUCGAUGAAAAACCGCCGCCGAAAAAGCGGGAGAAUCCAUACGUCGCGCCUGUACCAAAAGCUGAAAAUGCAUCUUUCCAAAAGUAUAUCCCUCCAUCAUUACGGGGCCGGUCGGAUUCGAAGUCUGAGUCUAUGACUCGAUUAAAACGCCAAGCGCAGGGCCACCUCAACAAGUUGUCCGAGGCAAAUCUGAUCUCUAUCCUCGGCGAGUUCGAGAAGCUAUACCGAGACUAUCCCCGUCAACAUGUCACAUCGACCAUCAUAAACCUGUUGAUGGGGCUUAUCUGUGAAAGAGCGGCUCUGCAAGACACUUUCAUCGUGCUCCAUGCGGGUUUCAUCGCAGCUUUGUAUAAAAUCAUGGGCAUGGACUUUGGUGCUGAAAUCGUGCAAAGAUUUGUUGAAACACUAGACGCUGGUGGUGACGAGCGGGGAAAGUUCGAGGGCAAGGAGAUUGUCAACUUGGUGUCUCUACUGUCACAGCUAUACAAUUUCCAUGUGAUCGGCAGCGCAUUGAUGUUCGACUAUAUCCGACUCUUCUUGCAGGAGAUUACUGAGACAAACACUGAGCUCCUUCUGAAAGUCGUCCGAAACUCGGGACCCCAGCUUCGACAAGACGAUCCAUCCGCACUGAAAGAUAUUGUCCUGUUGAUUCAGCCUGCCGUGGCAAAGGCCGGCGAGGAGAGUCUCUCCGUGCGCACGAAGUUCAUGAUUGACACAAUCACCGAUCUCAAGAACAACCGCGUCAAGGAAGCCAUCGGCGCCAACGUCACUUCGGAGCACAUUACGAAAAUGCGCAAGAUUCUGGGUUCAAUGAACAACAACCGUGUGAUCCGCGCAUCUGAGCCCAUGAAUAUCUCCCGAGCCGACAUCCACGAUUCUUCCAAGAAGGGUAAGUGGUGGCUUGUUGGCGCUAGCUGGAAAGAGGACCCCUUGGUGGCAGCUCGUGAAGAGCUAGUUGGCGCUCCCGCCCAAGCACCCGAGGUGCGGGAGGAAGAUAGCGAGGAUGAGCCCGAUAUUGCCGAACUCGCCCGAGCUCACCGUAUGAACACGGAUGUCCGGCGCUCGAUCUUCGUGGCUAUUAUGUCUGCGAAUGAUUACCAAGAUGCCCAGGUUCGACUUACCAAGUUACGCCUGAAGCGUGCCCAGGAAUUUGAGAUUCCCCGUGUGCUUCUACACUGUGCCAUGGAGGAAGAAGCCCACAACCCAUUCUACACGCUGAUUGCGCGCCGUCUCUGCGCCGAAGCCGGACGUCGUCUGAAGGUCUCCUUCAUGUUCGCUCUGUGGAAUAUUUUUAAGAAGAUGGGUGAGCAAGGCGAUGCAGACGACGAGGCAGACUUCGAUCCCGACGACGAGGAGACUAGUGUCAGCAUGAAAUCGGUCGUGAACUUGGCCAAGAUGUUCGGCAUGCUUGUUGCGGAUGGUACUCUCACACUUGGCAUCUUAAAGAACCUCAAUUUUGCCUAUCUACAGCCUAAAACGAAGGUUUUCACGGAGCUGUUGUUGAUCAGUAUCAUCCAGCAGUCUCAGAAAGCCAAGAAGAAAUCGAAGAAAGCAGAUAAAUCCAAGUCGGACGAGUCUAGGGAUGAGGAUGGGUUGAUGCAAAUAUUCUUGCGUGUUCAAGAAACGCCUCAUAUCGCCAAGGGCCUCAUCUACUUCCUGCGCAAGGUUGUUGCGAAGAGUGAUAUCCCAGCUUCAGAGAAGGAGCAGAAGCUGGUCCGCUGGGGCUGUAACGUGGCUGUGGACGCUCUCAAGGCCGUCUCGGACUAA